AUGUUAAUAAUAAAAGUAUAUAAUUUAAAUAUAUUCUUGUUUUUUCUUAUUUCUUCUUUAUUUGCUAUUGAUGGAAGUACAAUAUUAAAAGAAUUAGGAGAAAAACAAUAUCAUUUAAUUAAAGCAAAAUCAUCAUUAUCUCAACAUGGAAUUUGUUGGCAAAAUGCUAUUAAAACAAUGAAAAUUGAUUGUAAUAAAUUAAAUGAUCAAGAACAUUCUCUUCUUGCCUUAAAACUAACAAAUUGUUUUUUAAAAGAUAGUGGACAUGAAAUAUAUGAUUGUUAUCUUAUUAAUUCAGAAUAUCAACGCAGAAAUUGUAUUAAUAAUAUGUCAGAUAGAGCAUUCAAUGUAUAUAAUGAAUUUUAUAUACACACUAUGCACAUGUGUUUUUAUUUAAAUUAUGAAGUUUGGCAAGUUCAAACUGACAAUAUGGUUAAACAAUUAUAUCAUGUUUCUUCUCGAAUGAAAGAACAAUUAUUAGAAGCUUCAGAAAUGCAAGAAAUUAUACUUGAUAAUCAAAAACAUAGUCUACAAAUGCAAAAUAAACUUUUAGAUCAUGGAAAAGAACUUGGUAUUGUAUUAAAAUCUUCUUCUGAAAGUGUUAAUAAUUUAGUUAAAGAUUUCAAAGAAUCUGCAAAAGAUCAAAGAGAAUUAUUGUAUGAAAUAUUCUCAUAUUUUCGUUCUUUUCAAAAUUGGAUUGUUGGAGAAGUUUCUUGGUUUCAAUCAAUUAUUUAUUAUAUAACUAGUUGUAUUUUAUGUGCAUUAUUUAGUUCUUCUAAAAAAACUAUAGAUGCAAGAUUCACUCUUUUUUCAAUUUUAAGUUUGAAUAUAGUAGCAGAACGAAUGUUGGUUCAAUAUUAUAAUAAUAUGCAUUAUUCCAAUAACAAUCAGAACAAUUUAUUGAAUACAAUAUGGACAUGUAGAAAAAUAGUUCUUACUGUUUGUGCCAUUACAUUAUUCUGUACAUAUUAUUAUUAUAAAGAUGAACAAAUAGAAAAUAAUAAAGCAUUAAAACGUAUUGAACAUCAAUUAAACACUAUACAAGAAGUUACAUCUAUCUCUACUAAAUAUCCAAUUCGUUAUUCUACACGAUUAAGAAUGAAGCAUUUACAAGCACAGGCUAAUAAACAGACUGAUAAUGAAAUUUUUUCAUGAUAUAAAUUAUAAUAUUUUAUUUCACAUUAUUAAUUCAUUAUAAUAAUAGUAAUAUGAAUUUUAUUAGUGAUAAUAAUAAUGUAAUAAUAAAAAUAUUUUUUAUAUUCUAUUAAUAAUAUUCUAAUAUUUUAUUCAAAAUCAUUAAAUAUUUGGAUACAUACGUAAAAGAUAUGUUAUUUGUUUAUUUGUAAGUGUUUUACUAUCAGGAGUAGGAACAUCAAUUGCUCGUAGUUUUUUUUGUAUAACUGAAGUUUCCAAAUACUUUUUAUGACAAUUAUUUAAAUUUUGAAUAAACUUCUCACAUACUUUAUUAUUAAAUGCAUUUUCUUUCCAACAU